AUGCGAAACGCCAACAAAAUCCAAGACCGAGCCCUCAAACCGACCGGUAAAGGUUAUAUCCGGUUCGAAUUCUUCGAUAACGGUCUCUCGGAAGACGACGAAGCCAUCAGAAAGACUUCAACGUCCUCCGACCACACCUCGAGCUUGUCGGCAGAACUUAAAAAGAGAGGGAUGGCCGUUGAAGACCCAGAGGCACCACACAGUUUACGUCUGAGGAUAAAAAUAGAAUAA